AUGUCGAAUUGAAAAACAAAAAAUAACGCAUUCGAAAAAAUAUGGACGAAUAUAAAGAACUAAUAAAUAUGUAGGAAAGAACAAGAUCAUAAUUCUAAAAGAUUCAAGAAUUUUAUUAUUUGCUAUAUUAUUAUACAAAUACUUUUAGCUAAUUUAUGCAUUUUUUACUUUUUUUUUUGCCGACGAAAAAAUAAAAAAGUAACAUUUUGAAAAUAUUAUUCAUCCGAAUUAAGCAAUAUUUUUGAUACAUAACAAAACAAGGUGCAUUUAAAAAAAUUAAUUUUGCAUUCUCAUUUUACGCUUCCCAUUUUGCGAACCUAAUCGCUAUUUCGACGAAGUAGACUUUUUUGUAUUGCAAGCAAAACGUAAAAACAAAUUUCAAUUUGCGAAGAUUAACGCAAACGUCGUACAUCAGUAAACCCCCCCCCGAACGUAGCAUACGGACACUUACCACUAUCAUAUACGUACAUCUAUACAGCAUUUCAAAAUGGCAGACAAUUUGAAAGAUAUUGACAUUAACAACUUUGGCCCACAAAUCGAUAACAUCAUUAAGGAAGCCUUUAAAACGUGUGUAGUUCAAUCAGAAAAGGCAUGCCAACGUAACUACAUUCCAGCCGUCGUGAUGGCCGUGCUGAUUUUUAACGCUCUUGUGUAUAUUGGCCACAAGCUAGGAAGAAACUUUUUAAUCCAACUGUAGGCUUAUCAAUGGAAGGUAGAACUUAGCGGGUCCAUGUAAUUAAAAAGAAUGGAGAAGUAGCAGGGCGGGCGAUCCCCUUGGAA